AUGGUGAUAUAUUGGUCUAUCUCCUAUAUCUUCCUCAAGUACCCACUCUUGUUGCACCAGAAGAAAAAUAAACUCAAGCUACCUCCUAAGAAGGAUGAUCAUUCUCAUUAUAUCUUGGCCCAUCGAGGUGGAUCAGUUGAAAAUCCGGAAAACACUCUAUAGGCUUUUAAACAUGCUUUAGAACAAGGUGUGCAGUUCUUAGAAACAGAUCUUAGAUUGACUAAGGAUGGAAUCUUGAUGACAUUACAUGAUGAUAACUUUAAUAGACUAUCAAAUGUAAAUAAAAAAGUAGAGGAGAUGAAUUACAAAGAUUAGCCUAAGAUAUUAGAUGAGAUACCUAUGCAUUUCACAAAAGAUUACAAAUUAAAGCUAACUGAAAAGCAUGAUAAAUCAUUCACUACUUUGGAGCAAUUAUUUUCAUCUAUACCCUCUGAGAUUGUAGUGUAGAUAGAAUUAAAAGACUAAGAUAACUUUGAAUAACAUAGAAAAACGGUUGAACUAAUUUAGAAAUAUAAAAGAUAAGCCACUACAAUUAUCGGAGUAUAAAAAGAUGUAUUUAAUAGAUAGCUCCAUUCCCUUGAUCCCUCAAUUCCAAAGUUUGUCUCAAUGUCAAACGCAAUAAAAUACCUGGGAGCCUAUGUAGUUGGAUUAUUACCUUUCAUUGAUAUAUACGAGGAUGUAGCUUCAUUGCCAUUUAUGACUAGAGACUUCCAUAAGAUGAGAAUUAAUGAAUCUCAGUCAUUUACAAAAUAUUUCUUUAUCUAUGGAGUAAAGUUUUUCAAUAUUGUUAGUGAGCCUUUCCUCAGACAUCUUAAUGCUCGUGGUAUUUUCACUAACUACUGGGUCUUGAAUGAAGAAGAUGAAUUUUAAUACCUAACAAACUCUUGUGUGCAAGGAAUAAUGACUGAUAAACCAUCAAUGGCUGUUAGAAUUUUAAAGGAAAACAGUAUGAAGCACUAGAAGAAAUAAUAAUGA